AGAAGGCAUCAUGAAUCCAAAGAGUGAAAUCCUCAUCGCAGUUGUGCUCGUCUUUCUGCUGGCUUGUGUGGAGUGUCAACUGACAUUCUCACCCGACUGGGGCAAGCGAUCGGUGGGCGGAGCAAGUGGAUCAGGCAGCUUCUUUGAGCCACAGCAGGGAAACUGCAAAACUUCCAAUGAGAUGCUGCUGGAGAUCUUUCGUUUUGUGCAAUCGCAGGCACAACUAUUUCUGGACUGUAAGCACAGGGAAUAGAUGGAAGGAAAUGUGAACGAGGUGGACAACCAAAUGAUUAUCUACUAUUAUUAUAAUGCUCCAUAUAUGUAUGUUUUGUGUUUUAUAUGUAUUAUAUACGAGUACACAAGGUAGUCGUAGUCGGCAUUUAGAUUUAGAGAAGUUUUUCCUCCCCCACUUUUCAUUUCUCUCAGUGCAACAAAAUGUAGCCAUGUACCCAACUCCAAGUCAAAUAAAUAAGCGCAUCCGA